GAAUCAAGGUACAACCAAGAAGACUGAUUUUGCUGUUGGAAGUUGCAAACACGCGCCUGCGUUCGAAAACAGAAUGCAAGGUGCGGGGAACUCUGGUGGUUACAUGAUAGCAGAUGGAUCUGGACGGAGUUUAAAUAAAACUCCGUUGCAUGCAGCAUGUGAGGAAGUUGUGAUAAGUGGUGUGUCAUGUAGACUGCCACAGUCUGACAACAUGGAAGAAUUCAAGGAGAAUCUCUUGGGAGGAGUUGAUAUGGUUACAGAAGAUGAUUCUAGAUGGACACCUGGUUUAUAUGGCCUGCCAAAGCGAAGCGGAACUUUGAAGGACUUGUCAAAAUUUGAUGCAUCAUUUUUUGGCGUACAUCCAAAGCAAGCUAAUAGUAUGGAUCCACAGUUACGAAUAUUGUUGGAGGUUACGUACGAAGCUAUCAUUGAUGCAGGUGUCAACCCAGAGGAUAUCAGGGGUUCAAAGACAGGUGUAUUUAUUGGUGCAAGUGCAUCUGAGAGCCACGAUGCAUGGAUGAAGGAGGUUGAAAACACAGUCGGAUAUGCCAUGACAGGAUGCACAAGAUCUAUGUUUGCUAACAGACUUUCAUAUUUCUUUGAUUUGAAAGGGCCCAGUUACACAAUUGAUUCGGCAUGCUCAUCAAGUUUAUUGGCCCUGGAUCAAGCAUUAUACAAUAUUCGUAGUGGACUGUGUGAUGCAGCGAUUGUUGGCGGAGCUCACCUGUGUUUAAAUCCUGCUGUUGCUAUACAGUUUAUGAAACUUGGCAUGCUCUCACCUGAAGGGAUGUGUAAAUCGUUUGACACUGAAGGCAAUGGUUACUGUAGAAGUGAGGGUAUAAUAGCUGUAUAUCUACAGAAAGAACCUCGUGCUAAACGUAUAUACUGUACACUGAUUCACUCAAAAACGAACAGUGAUGGAAAUAAGCCAGGGAUAACAUUUCCAUCUGGAGAUAUUCAGAAGAAGUUACUUAAGGAAGUAUACAGCGAGGCAUGCAUUGACCCGACCCAGGUGUCUUAUGUUGAGGCUCAUGGAACAGGCACUAAGGCUGGAGAUCCACAAGAAGCCAAUGCAUUGUGCGAUGUAUUCUGUAAAGGCCGGAUAGGUCCACUUCCUAUUGGAUCAGUGAAGUCAAAUAUGGGACAUACUGAACCAGCAUCAGGUCUAGUAGCUGUUGCUAAGGUGAUUGUUGCUAUGGAGGAAGGAACCAUCCCUGGCAACUUGCAUUACCGUUCCCCUAACGAAGAUAUUGCUGGCUUGGCCAAAGGGAAACUAAACGUAGUUGAUCACAACAUUAAAUGUGAUAUUGGGCUAGUUGGGGUGAACUCAUUUGGUCUAGGAGGUUCAAAUGUCCACACAAUCCUUCAGUCAAACAGAUAUGAUGAAAAAUGUGUGUUUGAAGGUUCUGAGAAGAAAAAACUGUUUUUAUAUAGUUCAAGGUCAGAAAAAGGUUUGGAAGAAACCUUAAAGAAAGUCAGAAGUUAUCCAAAUGAUUUACAUUUACACGCUUUAAUGAAUGAGACUGCCCACUUACCGUCUGCUACACAUCCUUACAGGGGGUUUACGGUACUGAAUGGCACAGAAGAAAUACGUGUUCAGAAAACAAGAUUACAAAAGCCACCAGUGUGGUAUGUAUUUACUGGAAUGGGAACACAGUGGCAUGGUAUGGGAAGAAAAAUGAUGGAAAUAGACGCAUUUAGAACUUCAAUAUUGCAAUCAGAUGCAACGCUACAGCCAUAUGAUAUGAAUCUGUACGACAUAUUAAUGAAUGGAGAGGAAGAUACCUUUGAAAAUAUCAUCAACUCAUUUGUUGGAAUAACUGCAAUUCAAGUUGCUCUAGUAGAUGUUCUAACAACCUUGGGUAUUAGACCGGAUGGUAUUGUUGGUCACUCUGUUGGAGAGCUUGGCUGUGCUUAUGCCGAUGGAAGCAUGACGGCACGGGAAACAGUUUUAGCAGCAUAUUGGAGAGGUCAAUGUAUACAGAAUGUCAAACUUCCCGCAGGAGGAAUGGCUGCAGUCGGCUUGACGUGGCGUGAGGCGCUAGAACAGUGUCCAGAGUACGUGGUGCCAGCCUGUCACAAUGCUGAGGAUACAGUCACUGUCUCUGGUCCUAGGGAUGCUAUCAGAAACUUUGUCACAAAACUGAAAGAGAGACAGAUAUUUGCAAAGGAAGUGAACACAGCUGGCGUGGCUUUUCAUUCGUACCACAUGAAGGAAGUAGCAGCAUCACUAAAAUCAGCACUAGAUAAAGUAAUUGAAAAUCCAAAGGAGAGAUCUGCGAAAUGGAUCAGCUCAUCUAUCCCAGAAAUCAACUGGUCCUCUGAUCUUGCAAGGUUCUCAUCCGCCGACUACCAUGUAAAUAAUCUGGUCGGUCCAGUACUUUUUCAGGAAGCGUUGAAACAUGUACCACCAAAUGCUGUAGUCAUGGAGAUAGCUCCUCAUUGUCUUCUUCAAGCCAUAUUGAAGAGAUCACUUUCUAAAGACUGUUGCAUUCUGGGACUGAUGAGGAGAGCACAUGAGGAUAAUGUCGAAUUUUGUCUCUCAAAUCUCGGAAUAUGUUACCAGCAAGGUGUAAACCUGAAUUCCUUGAAACUCGUUGCCGAUGUUUCUUUUCCUGUCCCUAGAGGAACCCCGAUGGUGUCACCUUUUGUAAAGUGGGACCACUCUCAGCAUUGGAAUGUUGUUACAGCUGACAUGUUUAUUGGAGGAGGAGCAAAUGGAUGUGGUUUUGAUAUUGAAAUGUCACCUGAGUCUGAAGAUAAAUACCUGAUUGGACACAAGAUAGAUGGCCGCGUCCUUUUCCCAGCUGCUGGAUAUUUGUUAUUGGCUUGGAAAACAUUAGCUAAAACAGAAAGAAAGCAGUAUGAUGAGUUAACGGUGUUAUUUGAGGACUUUGACAUUCACAGAGCAACUUUAUUGCCAGAGAGAAGUAAAAUCCAUUUUGACGUCCGAUAUAUGCCAGGCACCGGAAACUUUGAAAUACAGGAAGGUGGAACAUUAGUUGCCAGUGGAAGAGUUACGGGCCCUGAAAGUUCUGAUCUCGCUGGAUAUGAUACAUAUUUUGACUUUAACACUGAAGAGUUUCAGCUAAAAUCAUCAGAUGUGUAUAAAGAAUUAAGACUUAGAGGAUAUGACUAUGGACCCACAUUUCAAGGCAUUAAAGAGGCUGAUAUGUCAGGACUACAUGGUAAAUUGUUGUGGACAGGAGAAUGGGUGUCUUUCCUAGAUGCAAUGUUACAAAUAACGAUCCUAUCACAGCCUGGGCAUGGUCUUUGCUUGCCAACAAGAAUCAAAACUCUUACCAUAGACCCACUAAUGCAUCAUGGAAAAAUUGUUGAUCUUGGUAAUGAUCAAAAAGGUGUCUAUGUAGUAGUUGACAAGUAUUGUGACACAUGCACAUCAGGAGGAGUAAAGAUCCAUGGACUUCACGCAACAUUGGUUUCACGUCGACAUGACUACCGUCAACCAAUUACAGAGAAGCACAGUUUCAUACCUUACCACUCUCACAUUCCAGUACAGGUGUCUGAAUACAUGCAGGAGUAUGCCAGUCAGUGUAAACAAUUUGCUCACAAAGGACUGACUAAUCUGUAUGAGAACCAUGAUUUAAAGAACAAAGAACAUAUCAGAAAUGUUAUCGAGAGGUCAGUUGAACAAGCUCACACAGUAGAAAUUCCCUUAGAAAUAAACAGCCAUGGUUACCUUUCUAUUUUACAGAAGCUCUUCAGCAUUGACUUUGAUGAAAAUUUUGCGGAAAAUUUUGAUCAGAUUGUUACAAACAAUCAUGAAUCUCUAGUAUCAGAUCCACUGCUGAGUUGCCUCACCACACCUGAAAUAUUGAAACCAUGUUUUGAUCUGGUCGUGGAAAAUACUUCGAAUCAACACUUGAAGAUUUUGGAAGUGUCCAAGGCUGGUUUGACAAGUCAUUUAAAGCCAUUUGUUGCCAGUCAUCUAUUGUUAAAAGCAUCUAUCACUGUUGCCACAGAAGAUGGAAAUGCUAGUUCAGAGGAGGUAAAUGUUGUAAAAUGGUUGCCGAGUGAGAAGCCUCUUCCGUCACUGCAGAAGAUGAAUUUAGUGGUUGCCAGUAACAUUCUUCACCAGCAGCCUAAUAUCAGAUUAGGACUCUACAAUUUAUCUGAAUGCCUGGAGGUCGGAGGAUUUAUCCUAGUACAGGAGGUCACCAAGAACUUUCAUCUUGCCUUUUCUCUGGAUGGUUUUACCAAGGACGCCUUAUAUAAUGAUCUCAGCAGCAGAAGUUGCAGUAUUUACUGUACAGCUGAGAAAUGGAGGGAAAUAUUCUCACAAGAAGGUUUAGAGAUUAUUUUUGAAAGAUCUGAUCCUUACCUUAAUACUUUGUUUUUAUUAAGGAAAGCCGCAAACGAUUCUUCUCCUCAGAAAAUUGUUAAUGUGACAGAUCUUCGUUGUACGUGGGUGAGCAGUCUGAAAGAUGAAAUGUUGUCAAUGCAGUCAAAACCAAAGGGAGAGAACUUGUGGCUAGUAGCAGAUGAGAAUAUCAAUGGCAUUAUGGGUAUGGUGAAUUGUCUGCGACUAGAACCUGGUGGUGACAGAAUAAGAUGCGUGUUUAAUAAGGGCAAUGAACCACUGCCAGAUGUUGAAAAUGUUGUGAAAGACUUAUCAAAGAAGGAUCUGGUCAUGAAUAUCUAUAACGAUGGUGUAUGGGGAUCAUAUAGGUACCUGCCCCUAUAUGAAGCUACACUCAUUCAGACAGAGUAUGCAUUUGUGAAUGUUUUGACAAAAGGAGAUCUAUCAAGUGUACACUGGAUUGAGUCACCUCUCCGUUACUACGACCCAGGCCUCCACCCCCACUCAGACUUAUGUCAAGUUUAUUACGCCUCCCUCAACUUCAGAGAUGUAAUGCUUGCUACAGGGAAACUCCCACCUGACGCUAUCCCAGGAGGAAUUGCUCACCAGGAGUGCAAGCUGGGAAUGGAAUUUUCAGGAACAGAUUCGAAAGGAAGACGUGUCAUGGGCUUAGUGCCAGCAAAGGGUCUUGCUACAGUUGUGGAUGUAAACAGACAUUUUACCUGGCCUGUACCUGAUUCCUGGUCGCUAGAAGAUGCAGCAACUGUCCCAUUGGUCUACACAACAGCUUACUAUGCUCUGGUUGUCAGGGGUAACAUCCGUCGUGGCGAAAAGAUCCUCAUUCAUUCUGGUAGUGGAGGAGUUGGUCAGGCAGCUAUAGCUAUUGCCCUCAGCUAUGGGUGUGAGGUGUUUGCAACUGUAGGCUCUCAGGAAAAGAGAAAUUAUCUAAAGUCGAGGUUUUGUCAGCUUACUGAAAGACAUUUCUUCAAUACGAGAGACACUUCUUUUGAAAAGGGCAUCCUUAAUGCUACAAAAGGGAAAGGAGUUAAUAUUGUAUUAAAUUCCCUCGCUGGAGAGAAAUUACAGGCCAGUCUGAGGGUCCUCGCUCAACAUGGACGUUUUCUAGAAAUUGGAAAGUUUGAUCUAUCAAAUAAAACCCUGGGAAAUUUAUUAAUGGGUUUUAGUCUUGUGUACAUACGGUAUCUUGAAAACUUUGGGCAAAAUAGUUUUUUGAAAGGGUUUUGGCCUAAAGUGACAGGAACUGUAAAUUUGGAUCAGGGUACCAGGGAAUUUUGUAAAGAGAGUUGUGAUUGGUUUGUUGUGUUCUCGUCAUUCUUUUGCGGGCACGGUAAUGCAGGUCAAUCAAAUUAUGGUUUCGCCAACUCGGUGAUGGAGAGGAUUUGCGAGAAGAGAAGAAGGGAUGAUCUACAUGGAUUAGCAAUUCAGUGGGGUGCUGUUGGUGAUGUUGGAAUUGUUCUCGAAUCGAUGGGAGACAAUGACACUGUGAUUGGUGGAGCACUUCCACAGCGCUUGCCGUCAUGUCUGAAGACCUUUGACGUAUUUCUAAACCAGUCAGAACCUGUUGUUACAAGUUUUGUUCCAUCCGAUAAGAAUACAAGUAGUAGCAUUGCCGGUAAAAUUGGACUUGACCUUGUACAUGUUGUUUGCCAUAUUCUAGGAAUCAGUGAACCGAAUGCCUUAAACCCUGAUGCAAGUUUAGGUGACCUUGGGCUAGAUUCAAUGAUGAAUGUUGAGGUCAAACAGACACUUGAAAGAGGUUACGACAUUAUCAUGGAAACAAAAGAGAUUAGAAAAUUGACUGUUAAUAAUAUGAGAAGCAUUGCAAACACUGGUCAUAUUCUUACUGUAGCAAACAAACGUGUGGAACAAAUGGUACAAGACAGUGAUACAAAUGUUGACGACUUAAAGCCCGAAUAUUAGCGCACAGACCAACUUAUCCGAACGUCCAGACGAUGUCUAACAUAUUCCCUUACCGACCAAACACCGGACUUACACUGCAAGACAGCGGGAAAAUACGCGCCUCAUCGGUAUAAAAAUUCUGAUGCCUGUACAAGCGCC